UCAGCCCAUUUUCAUUAACGCUUAUACUUUGCACGAGACAUAUACUAUUUCAAGGAGUUUUUUUUUAAUAAAAUAGAACGAGAAAACUAACAUAAAAGGUUCGCUUAACGAAUUGAGUCAGUAAAAAAUAACUAUGGUGUACACCGGUUACGUGAGCAACGGAUUGCAGGCGGCUGAGGAAACUGAAUGGGUGCAGUAUGAAGAUCCCACUGAGUGGAAACACGGCCUGGCCGUUUAUGAUGGCUUGGAACUGUUGGGCGUUGAUGAGCAGGAGCUGCAGCCCUCCUUGAACCGGGUGAUGAGAAUCAUCGACUACGACCUGGCCAUGAAGCAUCCAUUGGAGCAUACCUGGACUUUGUGGCACUGGGAGAACGAUCGCACCAAGUGCUGGGCCGAUAUGCUCGUCGAUGUGACCAGCUUCAACACCGUUGAGGACUUCUUCAGUGUGUACUACUUUGUGAAGCCGCCAUCGGAUCUCAAGAUAUUCAAUGACUAUAUGGUCUUCAAAGAAGGUAUUCGUCCCAUGUGGGAGGAUGAUACCAACAAGGAGGGUGGUCGUUGGAUAAUGCUCCUGGACAAGGCUUCUAGAACCUAUAUAGAUAAGAUGUGGCAUGAUUUGCUUUUGUGCAUGAUUGGCGAGUGUUUCAAGUACUCGGACGAGAUAUGCGGAGUGGUCAUCAAUGUGCGCAACAAGGCUAAUAAGCUAUCCCUUUGGACAAAGGACUCGCGCAAUGUGGAGGCCAUCCUGUCCAUUGGCAGGCAGAUGAAGGAGCUGCUGCGUCUGGGCGACAUGGAGAUCCAGUACCAGGUGCACAAGGAUGCCAUGGUGCACCAUGGACCCAAUGUCCAUGCCAUCUUCAAGUUGUAGGCGCCAAAUGGAGGCCAACUCCCAAGGGCGCCAUCAUAUGCCAUGUAUAUGCCCAGUUCUUGGUCAGAAAUGUGCAUCUGCGAUAGCACAAUAUGCCUAAGACAUUUGUCAAACUCACAUUUUAUCCACGCGCCAAUGCUUUUCGAGAUAAAUAGCGAUUGUACCAUGAAUAAAGCAUUGCGUAGAGCAGUAGGGACAGAAACUA